AUGGAUAAGAAGUACAAGAGCUCUUGUUGGAGUAUUCAUGGUGAAAAAAGAGAAUCUAAAGAAGACACUGGUCCUGGCAAUGAAAGGGAGGCAUAUGAGUUGUUUAAGAAAGCAUUCUCCAUGGAUGAAGAUGGUCCAAAUCAGACGAAUGAAAGUGGGGUGGAGCCAAAUGAUGGUGAUGAAGCAGCAGAGGAAACUGAGUUUAGGAAAAAGUUAAGAGACGCUGAAACGCCAUUGUACUCGGAUUGUAUCAAACACACGAAGGUUUCAGCAAUCAUGGGACUUUACAGAUUCAAGGUUAAAAGUGGUGUGUCUGAAAAUUACUUUGCUCAGCUGUUGGUUUUGCUUCAGGAUAUGCUACUUGAAGACAAUGUGCUUCCAAAGAGUAUGGAUGCAAUCAAGAAAUUUCUGAAGAUCUUUCGGUUCGGCUACGACAAUAUUCAUGCUUGCAAGAAUGAUUGCAUACUGUAUAGGAAGGAGUAUGAGAACCUACAAAGCUGUCCAAGAUGCAAAGUUUCAAGAUGGGAAAUGGAUAAGCACAGUAAUGAGAUAAAGGUGGGGAUUCCGGCAAAGGUCCUUAGAUAUUUUCCAAUCAAGGACAUGUUUAGGAGGAUGUUUAGAUCAAAGAGGAUGGCUGAAGAUCUGCGUUGGCACUAUACCAAUGCGACUGAAGAUGAUGGGAUGAACCCUUUCUCCAUGCAAAACACCAAUCACAGCACAUGGCCAGUGUUGUUAGUGAACUACAACACGCCUCCAACGAUGUGUAUGAAGGCUGAGAAUAUAAUGUUGACAUUGCUGAUCCCUGGUCCAACAGCUCCUGGUAAUAACAUAGAUGUCUACUUAGCACCAUUAAUAGAUGAUCUGAAAGAUUUGUGGGCUGAGGGUAUUGAAGUCUAUGACUCAUUUGCGAAGGAGAAUUUCACACUUAGAGCCUUGCUGCUUUGGAGUAUCAGUGACUAUCCAGCAUUAGGAACCUUGUCUGGAUGUAAAGUGAAGGGGAAACAAGCAUGUAAUGUAUGUGGAAAGGAUACACCUUCUAGGUGGCUUAAGUUCAGCCGCAAGUUUGUCUACAUGGAAAAUAGAAAGAGACUACCGCCUGGCCAUCGUUACAGAUAUAAAAAAGCUUGGUUCGACAACACAGUGGAGGAAGGGAAUGCGAGUAGGAUACAAACUGGCGCUGAGAUAUAUGAGACAUUACAAGCUUUUAAGAAUGAUUUUGGUAGACCUCUAGAUAAGGAGAAAAAAAGGAGAAGACCAGAGUUAGAAGAUGAUGAGAUGGUUCAAGAAGAAGAGUGUGAAGAAUCAAAUGAUGUAUGGCGGUGGAAGAAGAGAUCAAUAUUCUUUGAACUACCUUACUGGAAGGAUAUGCAUGUUCGUCAUAAUAUUGACGUUAUGCACGUUGAAAAGAAUGUGUCGGAUGCUAUACUGUCUAUCUUCAUGCAAAGUUCGAAGUCAAAAGAUGGUUUGAAAGCAAGAAAAGACUUAGCAGAUAUUGGAAUCAGAAGUCACUUGCACACAGAGGUUAGGGGUUCGAAAACAUACUUACCUCCAGCAUCGUAUUGGCUAUCGAAGAAAGAGAAGACCAUUUUCUGCAAAAGGUUAUCUCAGUUUAGAGGUCCUGAUGGUUAUUGUGGUAAUAUUGCGAAUAGCGUUUCAGUUAACCCUCCUAAUUUAGGUAGUUUAAAGUCGCAUGAUCAUCAUGUGCUAGUACAGAACUUGUUACCAGCUGCAUUAAGAGGGUUGUUGCAUAGUGGUCCUAGGAUUGCCAUUAACAGAUUAUGCAGCUACUUUAACAGGUUGUGCCAACGCAUCAUUGACCCGGAGAAACUUAUAUUAAUGGAGACAGACUUUGUGGAAACAAUGUGUCAACUGGAGCGCUUCUUCCCUCCAUCUCUUUUUGAUAUCAUGUUCCACCUUCCAAUACAUCUCUCAAAAGAGGCACGCUUGAGAGGACCAGUGAUACACUAA